AUUCUAGAGUGGGAGAUGCUAUUGGUCGUUCGCUUAUCACUAUUCUCCAACUCGAUCCCCGCAGCCGCAGCUCACAAGUCAAGCUUUUCUAGUCCUGUGAAGUGCUGUUUUCUCUCUGCUUUUAAAAAACGUUUUGGUGAAAAAUCUGAAGGGACAAUGGCCCGAGACCCGGCAUCAGAUCAACUGAACAGCUUUAAACACUCUGUUAAGGAAAAAUUAACGCUAACCACAGGCCAUGGAGCACCAGUUGACUCGAAAUCAGCAUCUCUCACAGCUGGGCCCGAUGGACCGAUUCUCCUGCAAGAUAUCACCUUAAUCGAUGAGCUGACACACUUUGAUCGGGAGCGAAUCCCCGAACGAGUAGUCCAUGCAAAAGGAGCCGGUGCCUUUGGUUACUUUGAAGUAACGCAUGAUAUCACGAAGUACACAAAAGCUAAAGUGUUCUCAGAAAUUGGGAAAACAACACCAAUUGCACUGCGUUUUUCAACAGUUGGCGGUGAAAGCGGAUCUGCAGAUACAGUCAGAGAUCCACGUGGUUUUGCUGUCAAGUUUUACACGGAAGAAGGAGUUUGGGACUUAGUUGGGAACAAUACGCCCAUAUUCUUUGUCAGAGAUCCUCUUCUAUUUCCCAGUUUCAUUCACACUCAAAAGAGGAACCCUGCUACCCACUUGAAGGAUGCAAACAUGGUGUUUGAUUUUAUUACCUUAAGACCAGAGACAACUCAUCAAGUCAUGUUCCUAUAUUCCGACCGAGGCAUUCCAGAUGGUUACCGCCACAUGAAUGGCUACGGCUCACACACAUUCAAGUUGGUCAACGAUAAAGAUGAAGCUGUCUACUGUAAAUUCCACUGCAAGACGGAUCAAAAAAUAAAAAACCUUCCAGUUGAGAAAGCUGCACAACUUGCAUCAAGUGACCCUGACUACUCUAUCCGAGACUUAUACAAUGCCAUUGCUACAAAAGACUUUCCCUCUUGGACCAUGUACAUUCAAGUCAUGACAUUCCAGCAAGCCAAGAGUUACAGAUGGAACCCAUUCGACCUCACAAAAGUUUGGCCACAUUCCGAUUUCCCACUGAUCCCUGUUGGCAAAUUGGUACUGAACCGUAAUCCUGAGAACUACUUUGCAGACGUAGAGCAGGCUGCGUUCAGCCCCUCUCAUUUGGUCCCAGGAAUUGAACCAAGUCCAGACAAAAUGCUUCAAGCUCGACUUUUCUCCUACGCAGACACUCACCGUCAUAGGCUAGGGGCCAACUACUUACAGUUACCAAUCAACUGCCCGUAUCGCAGCCGAAUUUCAAAUCAACAAAGAGAUGGACCUCAGACAUACUACAACGAAGGUGGUGCACCAAACUACUACCCUAACAGCUUCAGUGGGCCUGAACCAAGUGGCCAUGCUGCCCUCUCCAAAUACUCUGUCUCUGGCGAUGUUCAAAGGUAUGAAACUGGAAAUGAAGACAAUUUCUCUCAAGCAACAUUAUUCUGGGAAAAGACUCUGAACGAAGAAGAAAGAUGCAGGCUUGUAGCCAAUCUUGCCGGACAUCUGAAAGAAGCAGCCGAGUUUAUUCAGGAGCGAGCAGUCAAAAACUUUACCCAAGUACACCCAGACUUUGGUGAACAACUAGCCAAAGCAUUGAAAAUCACUGUCACUCAAAAGUCCAGCCUCUAACUUCAUCCUUCAACCUACAUAAUUAUUUUUUAAAAUUCUGAAAGGUCCACUUGGAAUCGUGCAAGUUAUCUUUUUAUGGCAUUUCGUGCCAUCAAGCAAUUUUAAAAUGUGUUUUGUAUUUUUCUAUCAACUACUUAAUGUUUAUUCAUAUGCAUCAGCUGCACAGUUCUUAUAAUCACGUUUCCCAGCAGUAGUCAGAAUUGUGGUUCGUGGUGCAACGGUGAUUUGUAGUGCAUGAUUGAUUUUUUUAAGACCAUCCCAGUUCUUUCUCAUGUUUUUAUACUUCUAUUUUUAUUUUUGGUAAGUGUUGUUUUUACCUGUAAGUUAAACUCAUCAAAAUAAAUGUAUUGUUAAUUUUUA